AUGCACAGUGAGAGUUCACAGAAAUGGACACUGCUCGUGCUGCUGGUAUCCAUGGUCCAGGGGGAGAAUGUAACCUCCGCUAUGAAUGUUAAAAUGUUGAAUGUCUCCUACAACUCACCGUUUUGGGACAUGUUGGAUCAGGCAAUCAAGUUAACCCAGGAUAUGAAUGGGCGAAUUUCAAAACUGUCCACUCACUUUAAUGGAUUUUAUGCCAAAGGCCGGGGGUUUCACAACAGGAUCAUCAGAUGCCACACUUCUUCACUCUCUAGACCAGAAAACAAGGAGCAAGCCCAAAAUACUGGAUCGGAAGUCCUACUGAAGUUGGCACGCAGUCUAUUGCAAGCCUGGGUUAACCCACUUCACCAUCUGUGGGCUGAAAUGGGUGACAAGCUGGGAUACACUCCUUAUCAUCUCACAAAAGCCCUGGAGAUUAAGAGUAUAAACAAAAAAGUUCUUGAGGCCAUGAAGAAAAUCAUCCGAGAGGCUAAAUUUGCGCUGGAAGAAAAUGUGAACGCCCCUGUAUGGUCUGAAUUGGCAUCUUUGCAGUCAACCAAUAGAGACACUAGAUAUUUUGCCUUUUAUACGUUGUUUCGCUGCUUGGGAAGUGACUCACGUGAUGUGGAAAUGUAUCUGAAGCUUGUGAAGUGCCAAAAGGUUCAAAGCAACUGCUAA